AUGGCGGCAGUCAAGAAACCGUGGCGGGAAGCUGCCACUGUGAUUAUUGCUGCUCGAAGUUCAGAUGUAUCAAACUAUCAACGUAUUUCAAGCAAUGAUUUUCAUUCUGACCAGGAUGGCUUUAAAAUUCUUAUGAUGAAAAGACACUCGAAGAGCAGUUCUUUUCCUGAUGCAUAUGUAUUUCCCGGUGGUACAAUAGAUAAGAGCGAUUUCGGCGAUGAAUGGAUGGAAUUAUACGACAAUGCGGGAUUGACACCAUCUCUGAAACCUCUGCUAGAUAUCGGUGGCAAGAGACCAGAGAUAAUGUCAACCAUUAGAAGUAGCCGAGUUCCUAAUGAGAUUGCCUUCAGAAUAUGUGCAAUGCGAGAGGCGUUUGAAGAAUCCGGUCUGCUUAUUGUAAAACCACUAUCUCCAGGAAUCUGCAACUGUGGAAACAGGCUCACCGAAUGGUCCGAAAUUAAGCAGUUUGUAGAAAAUAUUGGCCGUAUCAAACUAUUAAAAUGGCGGCAUCGAAUUCACAACAAUGCCUCAGAGUUUAUUGACCUUUGCAAACAGCUGACAUGUGUCCCAAACGUGUGGGCGUUGUGUGAAUGGAAUGUGUGGCUGACACCUGCAACUAUAUCAACAAGAUUUGACACGGUGUUCUUUCUGUGUUGCCUUGAUGAAAUCCCUGGGGUAAAGCUGCUUCCCGAUGACAAGGAGAUAGUCAAGUUCACAUGGCUUACUCCACGGAAUACAGUGAAGCUUUCGUCAAGUAAGAAAAUUACUUUGGCUGGACCGCAGAAGUAUGAAUUACUCCGUCUUCUGAACUUUCAAACCUUCCACGAAUUGCUUCAAUUUAACAAUGGAAGGUGGAAUAAAGGGAUGGAACGAUGUUUUCCAAUUCCAGUCAAGGCAUUAGAUGGCAUGUUUUUUGUGUUUCCAGGUAAUUAUAUAUAUAUCAGUGUUGUUUAUACAAUCAAGGAUUCCAUAUAAAUAUAUUGCGAUGAAUGUAUUGCGAUAUAAAUAUAUUGCUCUUGUAUGCCUUAUAAUGAGAUAUCGAUCGUGUUAUGCUAAAAAAACCAUUGCUUGUUUUCU